AUGACCCUUAUUCCAGGCAGUUUUCCACAGGAUGAACCACUGGAGAUCCCAGGCUACGUCACCGAGUCGGCGUCCAAGAUAGUGGAACAGGAGGAACUCCAUACUUUCUCCAUCAGACAAGACGGCCACAAUAAAACCCGACAUCAGAUCCAUGUCAUCAAGCAAUUAGAAGCACUAGUAUAUAUAUUGAUGGCAUUUCAGUUUGUCAAAUAUUGCCAUUCGGCAUGUAUAGUGCCCAUACUACUUCAUGGGACUGCUCAACUGAUCCUAAGUUGUGGUUCCAUCACUUUGGCUCGAUCCCGAGCCGAACAAACCUGGUUGCCGACAAUGAUUCGAACCAUAAAUCAAGCAGAUGGGCUUCAAGCAUGGGAAAAGGAGGAACGACAAGACAUAAUCUUCAGACGCGUAUGCUGGUUUAUGUACGCAAAGACGUUUUUCGUAUGUAUAUACCAUGGACUUGUGGUGGCAUGGCUUAUACUGAUUGCCGAUGAAGAUAAAUUGUCAGUUAUCGAGCAUGGUACCUGGUGGUUUGUUUCAUUCAUAGGUGAGUCCACACCCAAUGUUCCCUCGAAAACUGUGUGGUUCAAGAAAAUCAUACCUUUGGGACUUCCUCAAUUGAUUCUAAGUGAUGUGGUGAUCAUGGUACUACAACUUACUCUCUUCCAGUGUAUAUUUCGUCAGUCCACAUUGACAUACUUGGGCCACCGGCUCAAUACCGACGAGCUGACCGUCAUACGUACCUCGACGACCGAACCUACUGGUGCUAUUCGAACCAUCAAGAACGCACCAUUGGUGCUCAAGGUGAAAUUGUACGAGACCUUGAAUAAAGAUGCAAUUCUAGGUGAUUAG